CCAUUGUUCAUCGGCUCUGUUAUCUCUUCUAUCGGUUCCUGCAGAUUCAAGAGUCAAAGACGAAACGAUCAAAACAGCAGCAUAAACUCUGGAAUCGUCGUAGCAACUUCUGGUGCAGUGUUAUAGAUAAUGGAGAAAUUGUUUACACUCUCAAUCCCAAAAACUUGCUUGAAUUACCAAAUUCCGGUAAAGUUUGAGAAUUCUCCCGAAGCUCACCCUCAGACCAGAAAGAAAACUAUAUCUUUCGUCAAGAAUAAACACCAGCUGGUGAUGUCCGACGAACAAUUGGUCUACUUUUGUCGGAACGGACGCUUGCUCGAAGCUGAAGGAGCUUUGGAGUCGAUAUCCCGAAAUGGGUCCAAGGUAAAUCGCAGCACUUACAUCGACUUGUUAGAGUUGUGCAUUGGUUCGGGCUCUAUCGAUCUGGGUCGGAUUCUUCAUGCUCGAAUCGAUCUGGUUUUGGAGCCUGACGUGUUUGUGGAGACUAAGCUGGUGGGUAUGUACGCGAAAUGCGGGUGUCUGGCUGAUGCACGUAAGGUGUUUGAUUCAAUGCGUGAGAGGAAUCUGUACGCUUGGUCUGCAAUGAUCGGUGCAUACUCGAGGGGGGAGAAAUGGAGGGAAGUGGUGGAGCUCUUCUAUUUGAUGAUGGAAGAUGGGGUUUUACCUGAUGAUUUCUUGCUUCCCAAGAUAUUACAGGCUUGUGGGAACUGCGGUGAUGUUCAGACGGGGAGAUUAAUCCAUUCGUUAGCGACAAAGCUCGGAACCAGUUCUUGUCUUCGUGUCAGCAACUCGAUUUUGGCUGUGUAUGCGAAAUGCAGGGAACUAAGUUUGGCUACGAGAUUUUUUAGGAACAUGGAUGAACGAGAUGUUGUUGCUUGGAACUCACUGCUUCUGGCUUAUUGCCAAAGGAAUGAACAUAAAGAAGCUAUUCGAUUGGUCGAGGAGAUGAAAAAGGAAGGAAUCAUCCCGGGUUUAGUUACUUGGAACAUUUUGAUUGGUGGUUAUAACCAACAAGGGAAAUGUGAUGCUGCCAUGGAUUUGAUGAAAGAGAUGGAGAGUCUCGGGGUAACUGCUGAUGUGUUCACGUGGACGAGUAUGAUUUCGGGUUUAACACAAAAUGGAAGGACAAUCCAAGGAUUGGAUACAUUUAGGGAGAUGCUUUUGGUGGGUGUCAUGCCAAAUGGAAUUACUCUCAUGAGUGCAGUAUCUGCUUGUUCAUGUUUGAGAGUUUUGAACUUGGGAUUGGAAGUUCACUCUGUUGCUGUUAAGAUGGGUUUUAUCGAUGACGUUCUUGUUGUAAAUUCACUAAUUGAUAUGUAUUCCAAGUGCGGAGAGCUGGAAGCUGCAAGAAAAGUUUUUGAUUCGGUAAAAGAUAAGGAUGUAUAUACGUGGAACUCACUGAUUACGGGUUAUUGCCAAGCAGGCUAUUGUGGAAAGGCUUAUGAACUAUUUACAAGGAUGCAAGAUUCAUAUGUGAAACCAAAUAUUAUCACAUGGAACACGAUGAUAUCGGGAUAUAUUAAGAAUGGGGAUGAGGAUGAGGCUAUGGACCUUUUCCAUAGGUUGGAGAAGGAUGGGAAAGUCAAGCGGAAUACUGCAACAUGGAACUUAAUUAUCGCGGGUUACCUGCAAAAUGGAAAACGAGAUGAGGCCUUGGAAAUUUUUCGAAAAAUGCAGUUUUCUGGCUUUGUUCCAAAUUCAGUUACCAUACUUAGUGUUUUGCCUGCUUGUGGUAAUCUGCUUGCGGCCAAAAAGUUAAAAGAGAUACAUGGUUGUGUACUGCGUAGAAACCUAAAUUCCGUUCAUGCUGUGACAAAUUCCUUGAUAGAUACCUAUGCUAAGUCGGGGAAUAUAAGUUAUUCAAGAGCCAUAUUUGAUGGAAUGGAAAGAAGAGACAUCGUAACUUGGAACUCGAUGAUUGGGGGAUAUGUUUUACACGGUUGUUGUGCUUCAGCUCUUGAUCUCUUUGAUCAAAUGAAAAGACUGGGGUUUAAACCAAAUAGGGGAACUCUUGCAAGCAUUAUUCUUGCGCACGGUCUUGCAGGAAAUGUAGAUGAGGGAAAGCAAGUGUUCUCCAGAAUAGCUAAUGACUACCAUAUCAUUCCAGCUCUGGAACAUUAUUCUGCCAUGAUUUGCUUAUAUGGUCGGUCCGGGAGGCUUGAAGAAGCUCUCCAGUUUAUUUACGAGACGAACAUUUAUUCAGAGGCAUCUAUCUGGGAAGCCUUCUUAACUGGAUGCCGGAUUUAUGGUGACAUUAGCUUGGCUAUUCGUGCAGCAGACCACUUGUUUGACUUGGAACCUGAGAACCUUUCAGUUCAAAAUUUAGUUUUGCAGGCAUAUGCUUUAGGUGCCAAACAUGGGAGACCUUUAAAAUGGAAGUCGGGGAAAGAUAACAUGUCAAAGAAACCUCUUGGGCAGAGCUGGAUUGAAGUCCGAAACAUGAUUUACACAUUCACUACAGGUGAUAAAUCGAAAUUAUGUAUGGAUUUUCUGUAUCCAUGGUUGAAAACAGUGUCUAAGCUGGAUGAUAGAGGUGAGCAUCAUGGAGAACUUUUGAUUGAAGAUGAAGAGACAGAGGCAACCCAUGGCUUCCACAGUGAAAAGAUUGCCUUUGCUUUUGGUCUAACUUCUUCAUCUCUUGCACCUCGGACAAUAAGGAUUUUGAAAAAUGUAAGAAUGUGCCGGGAUUGCCAUCAGAUUGCAAAGGACAUAUCUAGGAGAUAUGGCUGUGACAUAUUCUUGGAUGACACAAAGUGCUUGCACCAUUUUAAGAACGGAGGGUGCUCCUGUAGAGAUUAUUGGUAGAGUGAACAAUGACAACAUAAAUGUCGGGAUUGCUUUUGAAUUCUUGCCUUUCCUCUCCACUUAAGCUGAUUUGUUACCGAUGCAAAUCGUGAUGGGCAAACAUUGCCAGAU